AUGGCCUCGAGCGCGUCGCCUCCCGAGCGCCCACUGUACGCCCUCGAGGACACGCGAAUGAUGGCUCAGCAGCUGCACGAGCAGUACCAGCGCAUCAUGACGCCGCUGUCCCUCUUCCCCACCAGUUACACCAAAGUGAAGCCCUCGUCGUCCCACUUGGCGCUCAGCCCGCCCAGCCAGGAGGAGGUGCCUGUGCCCAUCUCCCUUUCUGCCCUCCUGCAGCUGGUGCGGGCCCGGCUGCAGCCGGGGCCUCAGGAGGCACGCGCCCACCCUCAGCACCUGCGGGCCUUCCGAGACAUCAUCCUGACUGAGGUCAAGCACGCCUUCAAGGACCUCCAGCGUCUGUUGCACGACCCGGCCUUCAGCGCCGACACGAACCGGGAGCUCUACCAGCACCUGCUGACCUACAUCGGCCUGGUGAGCAAGCACCUCUUCCGGCACUAUGUGGGCCUCAUGGAGUGCUGCCGGCUACGGGGCAUCUUCACCGACUGUGCCAACCUCAUUCGCUUCUCUGCCCAGCUCUCCCUGGACUGCUCCAAAUUUCUCAACGUGGCAGAUGUCCGGCAGCGCCUGGUAUGGGAGAUGAAGAAGCUGACGGACCACCAGCUGGAUUCGCUUGCAAAAUCCUCUAGCCCCUUUGGCCCGAUGACCACCCGUGCCCUGGGCUCCCGCCUGGGUAUCACCAUCUGCUACUUCAUCAGGCAUAUCCGACCCCACGUGCUAACGGAGAAAGAAAAGAUCGCCCAGGAUGUGAAGGAGCUCGAGGAGUUACCCUUGUUGGACAUGAGUAAAAUAAAAAAGUUAAACCUACCAACCCCAAGGAAGGUUAACUUCCUGGAGCAAAUGAGCUGUGCUGCUGUCACAACCCCUUGUUUCUACAGUGCCUCCGGUGUCAGGUCAAGGUCUCAGCAGUUUAGACCAAGUACUGUCUUUCUUAGGAGCCAGUCACUGCCCAAUAUGAGAGUAGGGAAGCUUUUAGCCGACGAACUAGGUAUCCAUUUAACCCCUCGCCGUAUCACCCCUGAUCUGCUUUGUUGCUACACUGAAUCCCCUGAAGAUGUUGAAUUCAGGGGUCCUGAAGCCCUGGCUGAAGACCUUCAGAGGCUGGUUCAGGGCUCCAUCUUGGAGAAUAGUCAGUGGAAAGGAGAGCAGGAUAAUGAUCUAGAUCUCCCUCCCCUCAUCAAAGCUUUGACGUGGAGCAAAGCAAAUGAGACUCGCCAGCUGCAGCUCCAGAGAAUGCUUCAGUCCCUGCAACAGGAGGAGCGUUUUGAGAUGAAGCGGAGAAACACCAUAAUUGCUGCCCCAGCCUCUCAUCCACAGGCAACAACAGUAAAUGUCAAAGUCCAUGAUGGGAUGGUGGUAAAGGCAGCUGAUCUGCAGGUGUCUGAAAGACACUAUUCAGAAACUGUGACUAUGGACAGAUCUUUACCAAUUUACAACCAUCUCCUGGGUGAGAUAAGUCCUGCUACCAUGAAGUCACUGGAUGCAAAUCUUUACACUGGAGAAGACGUCAAGGAGAUAUACAAGGAACUGAUGAACACUAUUCCUAAGGACCACUUGAAGUUUGACCAAGGGCCCUUGAUAGAGUUACCUGCUGCUACGCUAGAUCGUCAUUCCUGCUUUGCUUCCUCAACGCUGACUAAGAAAAAAAAUGAGCAGAUAAUUAAUACAGAGCUCAGUAAAAUUCUCCCAGCUGGGCCAUUCAUUCCAGAGGAAGUUGUAGACUCACCACAAACCGCAAGUCUACCAAGGAAGAAGUUAGCUUCAAAACAAUAUGCCUCUUGGCUCAAAUGGUGGAAAGCCACAUUUAGCACUGAUGAAUACUUGAAAUACAUCAGUAACAGUGAUUCUGACUAUUUACCAGUAAUAUUUCAUUUGUACAACCCUAAAGAGGACAACGAGGAUGUGAUGGAGAAAGAUGUUCAGUCUAUGUUAAAUGAAGCUGAAGUAAAGAAACAAAAAGGGAAGAGAAAAGAGCUAAAAGCUGCCGAGCUUCAAUCUCAAAAAGAACAAUUUCACACCGGAUUUUGGAAUACUACUAAUGUCAGGUUGGAAGGACCGGAAGCUUUGCUUACUUGUGACCAUAAGCUUGAAGAUCUCAGUGUCCUACAGAGGAGACUGGAAAGGCUGUGGACAGUUCUUCAUUUCUCUGAACGGGAAAGGCUGGAUAUGGCCAUCAAGUACAGUUCCAACCAGUAUUACUUCUUGCUUCCAGACAUGCUGAAUUCUUGGGAAAUAGCUGCACAGCUGAUCCAAGACAGGGAGCUCCUGCUGGCUGAAAUAGAAGAGUUUGAGCAAACUGCUUCAGAUCCUAACCGCUUAUUCAGCAAGGAGCAAGGUUCAUUUGCCACCAGAAUACAAGAGUCAAAAAUCAGAAGCCACUUGAGUUUCGAGUUGGACCAGUACAAUCUAGAGCUCCAUAUUAUCCUGAAACACAUCAAAGAUGCCUUCAAUGAUACAGUGACUUUCAAGGGUCGCCCGUACCUCGAUAAAAUGGAGCGAGACAUAGUGGAGAUGCUUUAUUGGCUGCAGCAAGAGCGUCGGGCCAUAGUUUUGAAGAGAGCAGUCCAGAAAGGGAGCCAGAGAAGACUUUCCCCUCUUCCUUAGAUUGGCAUCACUGUCCAGUGAAUGUUUGGUGCUUCAGAAGCACACAGAGACCCCUUUUGUGCCCCUGCAUCAGAUUCCUCCAUCUGCUAUUUCCCUCCCCCCACCCCAAGUUUCUAAGGCAGAGAAAAAUGGAGGUGGUGUCAGCUGUCUGUUAAGAUCCCUUUUCUUCUGUUAUGGAAAAGCCAAAGGAGAUUUUUCAGAAGGGAUGAGCCGGAGGUCUGCAGGAAGACAGAACGUGGUUGGAGGCAAAUAGCAAUAUCCUGCCAAACACACGGCCUCACAAAGAGUAGCAAAACUGCAGUUGGGAGUUUGUGAGGUUUGCCUUACUUGCAAAUAU